GUGUGUAAGCCAAACACAGUCCAAAACGUUUCCUCCUCUUUAUUUUUUUUUAUGUUAUUAUUAGUUUUUUCAUUUCUCAUUUUUGUCUUGUAAUUUUCUCUCUCUUUUCUUGUGUUAGCGGGCAAAGAAGCAUUGAAACCAUCGUAGAUCCAAACAAUGUCAUGACUAUUCAAUUUUAUUCGGUUCUUAUUUCUCUGUCUUAUUAUCUAGGGUUUUGAUUAUCUUACCCUAUAGAAUAGAAUCUAUCCGUUUCCAUAAAAUCUCCUUUUUUUUUUCUUUGAUUUUCGUUAAGGUUGAGAGAACCAGAUGUUGUUGAAUUCUUAAAACAAAUAUUGAGUAAUUUGGAUAUUUAGAGAUUGAAAACGAAUAUAGAACUUGGGUGUUGAGUUUAAUUGAGGAUUCAUUGUUGAAAAAUUUAUGUGUUUUAUCUCUGCAUAUAAGGUGGUUUUGGAUCUGAAUGAGAGAUGUGUAAUUGCUAAGGGAUCCUCUGCUUAAUUGUAGAGGAUCCCUGUUGGAAGGAAAAUCAAAGCCUGGGUUCUGGAUUUCAAUGUUCAAAAUGUGUGAAUUGAGAUUAGGGAUGUACUCUUUGGGAGCAGAUUCUGUGUCGGAAUCAUCGGUCGGAGCUGCUACGGGUGUUAAUUUAAUUCCAGCACGUUUCGUUUGGCCGUAUGGUGGGACAAGUGUUUUUAUUAGUGGCUCCUUCACGAGGUGGACAGAGUCUAUACCAAUGUCCCCGGUGGAGGGUUGCCCGUUGGUGUUUCAGGCUAUUCUCAGCUUACCGCCAGGAUACCAUCAGUACAAGUUUUUUGUUGAUGGAGAGUGGCGGCAUGAUGAGCGUCUUCCUAUUGUUUCUGGGAAUUAUGGGAUAGUGAAUAUUAGGCGGCUAAUUAGGGAACCUGAUCCGUUUCCAUUAACCUUGGCUCCAGAGACACCUCGGUCCAGAUCCCAUAUGGAUGUGGAUGAGGAGGCUCUUGAAAGUGUGAUAAGUCUAAAUUCUAUCCACCACAAUUAUUCUUUUCAUGUGACAGUAAUUGAUGACACACUGCAGGAGGCAGUGCCAAAUGUUUCUUCUGUUGAUUUGGAGGUCUCUCGUCGCCGCAUUUCAGUAUUUUUGUCGACUCAUACAGCUUACGAGUUGCUCCCUGAGUCAGGCAAGGUCAUUGCUUUGGAUGUUAAUUUACCUGUCAAGCAAGCUUUUCACAUACUCUAUGAGCAGGGAAUAACCGUGGCGCCUUUGUGGGAUUUCUGCAAUGCGCAAUUUGUUGGAGUUAUUACUGCAUCAGACUUUGUGUUAAUCCUGAGAGAGUUGCAGCUUGGCCAUGGAUCAAAUUUGACAGAGGAAGAGCUCGAGACACACACUAUAGCCGCCUGGAAAGAGGGGAAAAUGCAUAUUAAAAGACAAACCGACGGAAAUGGAAGGGUGUUUCCUAGGCGUCUUAUCCAAGCGGGACCAUAUGAUUCCUUAAAGGAUCUUUCAGUUAAAAUUAUGCAAAAUGAUGUGGCUACAGUUCCAAUUAUUCAUUCCGCUUCACAGGAUGGUUCAUUUCCGCAGCUACUACACAUUGCUUCCCUUUCAGGAAUUCUUAAAUGUAUUUGCAGGCAUUUUAGACAUUCUUCCAGCUUAUUGCCGAUUCUGCAGCAGCCAAUUUGUUCAUUUCCUUUGGGAACUUGGCUGCCAAAAAUUGGAGAAUCUAAUGGGCGACCUUUGGCAAUGUUGAGACCAAGUGCAUCUCUUUAUUCGGCCCUGUCCUUGUUAAUUCAGGCUCAAGUUAGUUCAAUACCAAUAGUUGACGAUAAUGACUCACUACUGGAUAUCUAUUCUCGAAGUGACAUUACUGCUUUGGCUAAAGAUAAAGCAUAUGCGCGGAUUCAGCUAGAUGAAAUGAGUAUUUACCAGGUGGUGGAGUCUCAUAUAAUCAAGAUCUUUGUAGGCACUGCAAUUGGGCCAAGAUGCAAGUUCUCCUCAUGGCUUCGUCAAUGGGCAGCGAUGUCACAUGUGUCUGCGUUCUGAUCCGCUUCAUAAAGUGAUGGAGCGAUUGGCCAAUCCUGGGGUGAGACGGCUUGUAAUUGUUGAGGCCGGUAGCAAGCGCGUGGAAGGCAUUAUCUCACUGAGCGAUUUAUUCAGGUUCUUGCUUGGGUUCUGAGAAUGCAUUGGUUUUGAAGUUAUGGAAAGGAGAACUGCUUUGGUGACUCUUCCGAAGAAUCUCAACUUGUUUUUUUUGAUAGAGAUCAGCAUGACAUUAUUUAGUUGGAUGCAAAGCAUGGGAAAUCUGAUUCCUCCCUUUACUGCGAGUCUUUAGUUGGAUGCAAAGCAUGCCUUGUGCAGAAGAGCCAACACACAGCUUUGGAACCCUGAUAUUUAGCAUACACAGCCUUCAGGGGACCUUGGGAGAGGAUGCAAAGGCUGAACUUUUGAGAGGAUGGCCUUUUCGUCGUGUAAAUCAUCCUAACCUUACACAAAGAUGAUUGAAAUUAUAGGCUUUUUGAACCAUUCAUUUUACUGUUAAAUUCACCUAGCUUUUCACAUUUUUUGUUUUGUUUUUCUUUUCUGUUUAGUUGUAGCUAUUGUAUUUGUUCAAUGCAACUGGAAUAGUAAAAGAGUCCUGUGAGGCAAAAAAAGAAAAGAAAAUUGACUCCAACAGUUCUUCAUUACUUCGUUUGUUGGUAUUCAA